UGGGGUUUAUUGUUACACAGUAGCAUCAGGAUUAUUUGUUACAGUGAAAGCCUCUUACUGACAAUGUGGAGAUCAGCUAAGGAUAUAUAAUAUAUAUAUAUAUAUAUCUCUGGUUGUUUGUCGUCCCGGCCGUGUUAUACCUCCGCAUGUAAACAGCUGUGAAGGGGACAGGAUAAGACCCACUUUGCCCUGAGUGCACACCGACGCCAACGAGCCUCUUUCAUGCGUCUCCCCACGUCGGACGCCCACGCCAGAAUGAACUGUGAGCAGGACUUUGGGGAGGGGGGCAUGAACGUGACGCUCACCCUGAGGCUUCUCAUGCAUGGCAAGGAGGUGGGAAGCAUCAUAGGCAAGAAAGGAGAAACUGUGAAAAGAAUACGGGAGGAGAGCAGCGCACGGAUCAACAUCUCCGAAGGCUCCUGUCCUGAGCGCAUCAUCACCAUAACGGGCCCAACGGAGUGCGUCUUCAGAGCCUUCACCCUGAUCACAUUAAAACUGGAGGAGGACCUCACAGCUCUGGUCGCCAAUGGCACUGUCACCAGCAAACCGCCCGUCACCCUCCGGCUCGUCAUUCCCGCCAGCCAGUGCGGCUCCCUGAUUGGCAAAGGUGGCUCCAAAAUCAAGGAGAUCAGAGAGAGCACUGGGGCACAAGUACAGGUAGCAGGAGAUUUAUUACCCAACUCUACGGAGCGAGGGGUGACGAUAUCCGGGACCCAGGAAGCCAUCAUUCAAUGCAUCAAGCUCAUAUGCACCGUCAUCCUUGAGUCUCCCCCAAAGGGUGCCACUAUUCCAUACCGGCCCAAUCCCACCCCAGGAGCCAUCCUGCUGUCUGGAAAUCAGGUUUUCGAAGCCUCUGAGUUUGGGUCACACCCUCUGUUCUCAGUGGCUCAGGGAGGUUUGGAUCUGCAACAAGCCUAUACUCUACAAAACCAAUACGGCAUUCCACAUUCAGAGCUGGUCAAGCUUCACCAGUUGUCGGUGCAGCAAGGCUUGGCUCCCAUGACCCAGCCUGCUACCCCUGUCCUUCCUGGAAUAGAGUCCAACUCCCAGACCACGUCCCAGGAACUCCUCAUUCCGAAUGAUCUCAUCGGCUCAAUCAUCGGCCGACAGGGCACCAAGAUCAACGAAAUCCGGCAGGUGUCAGGCGCUCAGAUCAAGAUCGGCAGCCAGCUGGACAGCACUAGUGACCGGCACGUCACCAUCACCGGUACCCCGAUCAGCAUCAACCUCGCCCAGUACCUCAUCACCUCCUGUUUAGAGACCGCCAAAUCCACCGCCCAGUCCUCUUCCAUGUCGACCCCUGUUGACCUCAACAUGAGCUUCACCCAGCCCACCUCCCCUGCCUCGUCCUCAGCCGCAGCCUUGGCAGCCAUGGGUGGCCUGCCCCAUGCUCCUGUGCUGGGUGCUCCCUAUGCCCUCCCCCUCUCCAGCCUCCUGGGAAUGAAAUCCGUCCCCUUCCUAGCACUCUCCGCCCCUGCUGCCACAGCCGCCGCGGCCCCAGCCCACGGGACCCUGGCCUCCUACACCGCAAAAAUCUCCUCUGCCAACGGGAUCAAGAAACCUGAGAGGCAAAAGUUUGCACCCUACUGAUGUUCCCAUCUUUUCCCCCAAUUCCCAACAUCUGUCCUAAGACAAAUCUGGGAUGGGCCCCUAUGUUCUUCUCCUCUCCCACCUGAUGUAGCUAUAUAGUAAGACUGUAUUCCUUUUUUCUUUUUGUUUUGUAGCUUUUUUCAUUAACCACAGAAAAAUGAGAUGGCAUUGGCCAAUAUAGAUCGUGUAAUUCGCCAAGCCUCUUAAGCCAUAGACUGUCUCUCUUGUCUGUUCUCUACUUUUAUUUAUUAACAGUUAUUCCCUGAGAGUUUAUAAAUUAAACACUGGUUACUGAUGCUAAACCCUAAACGUAUCAGCUUUUAUACAACAGUGUCUGUGUAUGCUCCUCUAUACAGGUUUUUUUUUAAUAUAUAAAUGAUGUAUAAAAAAAGCAAGUUUUUAAAAAAAGACAACUGAAACCUCUCUUUGUGGUAUGUUUUUACGUAGUUUUGUCACAUUUAUUUGAAAACUGUAAUUUAUUAUAUUUAUUGUGAUUAUUUCUUUUAUUAAUAAUAUUUUUUUUAAUUGACACCAGGUAAAAUACACAUAAUAUUACCUUGUCCUUCCUGCCCCGGAUUAUGAUGAAAGAACAAAAGAUUUUCUUUGCCUCUAAUUACAGAUUCAGUGCUUCCUAACAGUACAUUUUAUUAUUAUUUUUUUUAAUAGGAAAAGUGUGUUACCACCUCUGCAAUGUAAUUAGAAUUAAAAGCCCUGAAAAAGAAAUUAAAGUCAGGUUCUUUUUUCAUUUCUAAUGUAAGUAGCUAGGAAAUAGCGUCUGAGGGAAACCGCUAGAAUUACGAUAAAGGUUACUGGCCCUACACCCUGAAAAUAACGCUGCAUGUUGACUUGUUGCACCCACACACACACAUACACACACACACAUAGUGGGGUCACAUAAGUGGGAUAUUUUAAUGGCUAGCUAUGCGAACGAUAAGAUAAUGAAUUUCGGGGGGUGCUGGGUCUCAUGAUGUAGAAAGAGAAACUGGUAAUGCAAGAAAAACCACAGGAGAAACCCCUCAGUAAUGCACACCAUGCAUUAUGAUCUGCUGGGAGAUCGGUCCCUCUUCUAUCUAAGUUCACAGCUUUUUAUUUCAAGCGGGUGAGCGUCUGCAGCGUCACGAAACCGUAAAUUUGUCCUUGAGCACUGACUUUUCCCUGCUGAGCUGGCCCUGCCGUUUCACAAGAUGCCUCCUCUUUUUAACUCGAGCGAAUUUUGCAUGCACACAACUUCAUUUAACGUCUAUGCAAACCAUGCGCCUGCGGUUCCGCAGUAAUUCCAAAUUAUGCAACAUCGGUAGCUAAAGGGGGCUAUCCGAUAAGGGCUGUUCAGACGAGUACGAAAAGGUGAGUCGCAGGUGUGAAACAGACCUUCUGCUCUGUGAAACAAAAGAUCAACAGCUAGUCAUGUACUUCAUGUAAACUUCACACAAGUUAUUGUUAUAUGUAACGACAGAUAUGCUUGUCUCUCAAUAUCUGCAUUUGAAUUUUAUGCUCUUUUGUUGCAGCGAAGGCCAAAAGAAUUCAUUUCCCUAAAAUAAGUUUUUAUACAAAACUCUGCCAUUUUGUGUCCACGUGACUUUUGUCGUGUCUAUCUUCCUGUUUUCCGUUCUCCAUUUUGCCAUAAAUAAAAAAUAAAUAUUAUGCAGA